GGCACCGAGCCAUGAAGCUGAACGAGCGGAGCCUGGCUUUUUAUGCCACCUGCGACUCCCCGGCCGACAACGCCGGCUUCCUCUACAAGCGCGGCGAGCGGCACACGGCGUACCAUCGCCGCUGGUUUGUGCUGAAGGGCAACAUGCUCUUCUACUUCGAGGAGCGGGAGAGCCGGGAGCCCGUGGGUGUCAUCGUGCUGGAGGGUUGCACCGUGGAGCUCUGUGAUUCGGCUGAGGAAUUCACCUUUGCCAUCCGC